AUGGUGCCGGGAACGGUGGAAUUCGUUGAUGUCCAGGGAACUUCUCGGCGGCUGAAGAAUCGAAGGGGUGCAGAUACAGAUGUCGUCCUGAUACCACAACCCUCGAGCGACCCAGAUGAUCCGCUGAAUUGGAGUCGGUUUCGAAAAGAAUAUCACUUCUGGUUAUUGAUAGUAUGGGGGAUACUUGUGGCUGCGAGUGUGAAUUGGUCAGGGCCAGUAUGGGUCCCCUUGCAAGAAGACCUGAAUACAACAUUGGAUGAUAUGAACAUUAGCGCGGCGUUAUGCUUUGGGUUCCUGGCUAUCGGAUGCAUUUUACUGCAACCAACUGCGAUGAAGAUUGGGAGAAGGCCAGUCUAUCUGAUCGGAACAUUUCUAAACCUUGUUGGUUGCAUACUAGGUGGCCUGCAAACAACAAUCGUGGAAUACUAUGUGGUCAACAUCCUCACAGGGUUUGGUGCCGCUCCUGUCGAUUCCCUGGUCCAAAUUUCAACCACGGAUAUAUUCUUCGCACAUCAAAGAGGGACGAGGUUGGCAUUUUUCGCCCUUGCAUUGGGAACAGGAUCGUACAUGGGACCUGUUGCUGCUGGAUACAUAACGGUUGCACAGGAUUGGACAUGGUGCUUUUGGUAUCUUGUUAUCUUCUUCACUGCCCUUCUUAUCAUACAGAUCUUCACGCUGGAGGAGAGUGUCUACAGACGUCAACUACCGUCAUCAAGUAACAGUGAAGUGGCGACUCUGGAUGAUCGACCACAAAGAGAUGUGAAGGAUCAGAAGAGUUCGGCAGAUGAUGGUGUCAGUGGGGUCGAGACCGCUCGAAACCGGUCCAAUACACUUCAGACCUUACCUGGAGGACGGAAGAAGUACUGGCAGAGAAUGGCUCCGAUUCAUACAUUACAUGCCAAUCCGAGACCGUGGUGGUAUCUCGCCAUAUUCCCAUUUAGACUCGUCACUUUUCCAGCGAUCGUCUGGGCUGGGUUUAUGGGUGGGAUUCAGAUUUGGUGGUUGUCUCUCCUCUCUGUGACUCAAUCGGAGAUAUUUUCAGAACCACCCUACAACUUUGAUAUUGCCGAUGUGGGAGAUACAAAUAUCGCAGCAUUUAUAGGCGGUAUUUUCGGCAUGCUGUGGGGUGGACCCCUUUCUGACUGGUACGUCCUCCACCGGGCUCGCAGAAACAAAGGAAUCAUGGAACCUGAGUUCCGUCUCUGGCUCCUCAUCGUUCCUGCUGUCCUCAAUUCCGUCGGACUCCUGCUCUACGGACUCGGUGGCUACAAUGGCUGGCAUUGGAUGGUAUCCGCAGGUGUAGGAACAGCCUUCAUUGGAUUUGGAAUCGGAGCUGGCGGUGCGAUUGGUCUUACUUAUGCUAUUGAUUGUUAUCCGCAUAUUGCGGCGGAGAGUAUGGUGUUAAUAUUGUUUAUGCGGAAUGUUCUGGGGUUUGCUUUUACGUUUGCGAUUCAACCAUGGAUCGAUGCAAUGGGAGGGUCGAAUACUUGUGUCAUCCUAGCAGUCGUAUGUCUAGUCACGACGAUGACCUUUUUAAUAUUAGUCAAAUGGGGAAAGGGAUUUAGGAGAAAAACGGCCAGCACCUAUCUGAGGUUUGCCAAGGACAGGAAUCGAAUUGCUUCCUGA